CCAUAGUAACAACUGUUGUUGUGGGAGCUUCAGUUGUGUGUGCAAGAGUUUUUGUUGCAGCUGUUGUUGUACCCAGAGAAGAAGUAGGAACUGUUGUAGUAGAGGGAAGAACUGUCGUGGUUAUGGAAGGUGUAGAUGUAGUUGUUUCAGGUGCAAUUGUACUUUGUGAAAUUGUAGACAUAGUUGUUGGAUUUGUUGUUUCUUUAGAUACAAAUGUUGUAGUUGCGGCUUCAGUUGUGGGUACAAAAGUUGUCGUUGAGGCUGUUGUUGUACCCAGAGAUGAAGUAGGCACUGUCACAGUUGUGGAAGGUGUAGAUGUAGUUGUUGAACUUGCAGUCGUACUUUGUGACAUUGUUUGCAUAGUUGUUGGAUUUGUCGUUUCCAUAGUUACAACUGUUGUUGUGGGAGCUUCAGUUGUGUGUGCAAGAGUUGUCGUUGUAGCUGUUGUUGUACCCGGAGAAGAAGUAGGAACUGUUGUAGUAGAGGGAGGAAGUGUCGUGGUUAUGGAAGAUGUAGAUGUAGUUGUUUCAGGUGCAGUUGUACUUUGUGAAAUUGUAGACAUAGUUGUUGGAUUUGUUGUUUCUUUAGUUACAAAUGUUGUACUUGGAGCUUCAGUUGUGGGAGCAAUAGUUGUCUUUGCGGCUGUUGUUGUACCCAGAGAUGAAGUAGGCACUGUCACAGUUGUGGAAGGUGUUGUAGUUGUUGAACUUGCAGUCGUACUUUGUGAAAUUGCUUGUGUAGUUGUUGGAUUUGUCGUUUCCAUAGUAACAACUGUUGUUGUGGGAGCUUCAGUUGUGUGUGCAAGAGUUGUUGUUGCAGCUGUUGUUGUAUCCAGAGAAGAAGUAGGAACUGUUGUAGUAGAGGGAGGAACUGUCGUGGUUAUGGAAGGGGUAGAUGUAGUUGUUUCAGGUGCAGUUGUACUUUGUGAAAUUGUAGACAUAGUUGUUGGAUUUGUUGUUUCUUUAGUUACAAAUGUUGUACUUGGAGCUUCAGUUGUGGGUGCAAUAGUUGUCGUUGCAGCUGUUGUUGUACCCAGAGAUGAAGUAGGCACUGUCACAGUUGUGGAAGGUGUUGUAGUUGUUGAACUUGCAGUCGUACUUUGUGAAAUUGCUUGCGUAGUUGUUGGAUUUGUCGUUUCCAUAGUAACAACUGUUGUUGUGGGAUCUUCAGUUGUGUGUGCAAGAGUUGUUGUUGCAGCUGUUGUUGUACCCGGAGAAGAAGUAGGAACUGUUGUAGUAGAGGGAGGAACUGUCGUGGUUAUGGCAGGUGUAGAUGUAGUUGUUUCAGGUGCAGUUGUACUUUGUGAAAUUGUAGACAUAGUUGUUGGAUUUGUUGUUUCUUUAGAUACAAAUGUUGUAGUUGUGGCUUCAGUUGUGGGUACAAUAGUUGUCGUUGAGGCUGUUGUUGUUCCCAGAGAUGAAGUAGGCACUGUCACAGUUGUGGAAGGUGUAGAUGUAGUUGUUGAACUUGCAGUCGUACUUUGUGACAUUGUUUGCAUAGUUGUUGGAUUUGUCAUUUCCAUAGUAACAACUGUUGUUGUGGGAGCUUCAGUUGUGUGUGCAAGAGUUGUUGUUGCACCUUUUGUUGUACCCAGAGAAGAAGUAGGAACUGUUGUAGUAGAGGGAGGAACUGUCGUGGUUAUGGAAGGUGUAGAUGUAGUUGUUUCAGGUGCAGUUGUACUUUGUGAAAUUGUAGACAUAGUUGUUGGAUUUGUUGUUUCUUUAGUUACAAAUGUUGUACUUGGAGCUUCAGUUGUGGGUGCAAUAGUUGUCGUUGCGGCUGUUGUUAUACCCAGAGAUGAAGUAGGCACUGUCACAGUUGUGGAAGGUGUAGAUGUAGUUGUUGAACUUGCAGUCGUACUUUGUGACAUUGUUUGCAUAGUUGUUGGAUUUGUCGUUUCCAUAGUAACAGCUGUUGUUGUGGGAGCUUCAGUUGUGUGUGCAAGAGUUGUUGUUGCACCUUUUGUUGUACCCGGAGAAGAAGUAGGAACUGUUGUAGUAGAGGGAGGAACUGUCGUGGUUAUGGAAGGUGUAGAUGUAGUUGUUUCAGGUGCAGUUGUACUUUGUGAAGUUGUAGACAUAGUUGUUGGAUUUGUUGUUUCUUUAGUUACAAAUGUUGUACUUGGAGCUUCAGUUGUGGGUGCAAUAGUUGUCGUUGCGGCUGUUGUUGUACCCAGAGAUGAAGUAGGCACUGUCACGGUUGUGGAAGGUGUUGUAGUUGUUGAACUUGCAGUCGUACUUUGUGACAUUGUUUGCAUGGUUGUUGGAUUUGUCGUUUUCAUAGUUACAACUGUUGUUGUGGGAGCUUCAGUUGUGUGUUCAAGAGUUGUCGUUGCAGCUGUUGUUGUACCCGGAGAAGAAGUAGGAACUGUUGUAGUAGAGGGAGGAACUGUCGUGGUUAUGGAAGGUGUAGAUGUAGUUGUUUCAGGUGCAGUUGUACUUUGUGAAAUUGUAGACAUAGUUGUUGGAUUUGUUGUUUCUUUAGUUACAAAUGUUGUACUUGGAGCUUCAGUUGUGGGAGCAAUAGUUGUCAUUGCUGCUGUUGUUGUACCCAGAGAUGAAGUAGGCACUGUCACAGUUGUGGAAGGUGUAGAUGUAGUUGUUGAACUUGCAGUCGUACUUUGUGACAUUGUUUGCAUAGUUGUUGGAUUUGUCGUUUCCAUAGUAACAACUGUUGUUGUGGGAGCUUCAGUUGUGUGUGCAAGAGUUGUCGUUGCAGCUGUUGUUGUACCCAGAGAAGAAGUAGGAACUGUUGUAGUAGAGGGAGGAACUGUCGUGGUUAUGGAAGGGGUAGAUGUAGUUGUUUCAGGUGCAGUUGUACUUUGUGAAAUUGUAGACAUAGUUGUUGGAUUUGUUGUUUCUUUAGUUACAAAUGUUGUAGUUGGAGCUUCAGUUGUGGGAGCAAUAGUUGUCAUUGCGGCUGUUGUUGUACCCAGAGAUGAAGUAGGCACUGUCACAGUUGUGGAAGGUGUAGAUGUAGUUGUUGAACUUGCAGUCGUACUUUGUGACAUUGUUUGCAUAGUUGUUGGAUUUGUCGUUUCCAUAGUAACAACUGUUGUUGUGGGAGCUUCAGUUGUGUGUGCAAGAGUUGUUGUUGCAGCUGUUGUUGUACCCAGAGAAGAAGUAGGAACUGUUGUAGUAGAGGGAGGAACUGUCGUGGUUAUGGAAGGGGUAGAUGUAGUUGUUUCAGGUGCAGUUGUACUUUGUGAAAUUGUAGACAUAGUUGUUGGAUUUGUUGUUUCUUUAGAUACAAAUGUUGUAGUUGCGGCUUCAGUUGUGGGUACAAGAGUUGUCGUUGAGGCUGUUGUUGUACCCAGAGAUGAAGUAGGCACUGUCAAAGUUGUGGAAGGUGUUGUAGUUGUUGAACUUGCAGUGGAACUUUGUGAAAUUGUAGACAUAGUUGUUGGAUUUGUUGUUUCUUUAGUUACAAAUGUUGUACUUGGAGCUUCAGUUGUGGGUGCAAUAGUUGUCCUUGCGGCUGUUGUUGUACCCAGAGAUGAAGUAGGUACCGUCACAGUUGUGGAAGGUUUUGUUGUGGUUGAACUUGCAGUCGUACUUUGUGAAAUUGUUUGUAUAGUUGUUGGAUUUGUUGUUUCCAUAGUUACAACUGUUGUUGUGGGAGCUUCAGUUGUGUGUGCAACAGUUGUCGUUGCAGCUGUUGUUGUACCCGGAGAAGAAGUAGGAACUGUUGUAGUAGAGGGAGGAGCUGUCGUGGUUAUGGAAGGUGUAGAUGUAGUUGUUUCAGGGGCAGUUGUACUUUGUGAAAUUGUAGACAUAGUUGUUGGAUUUGUUGUUUCUUUAGUUACAAAUGUUGUAGUUGGAGCUUCAGUUGUGGGUGCAAGAGGUGUUGUUGCAGCUGUUGUUGUACCUGGUGAAGAUGUAGGGACUGUUGUAGUAGAGGGAAGCACUGUCAUAGUUGUGGAAGGUGUUGUAGUUGUUGCACUUGCAGUUGUGCUUUGUGAAAUUGUAGACAUAGUUGUUGGAGUAGUUGUUUCUUUAGUUACAACUGUGGAUGUGGGAGUUUCAGUUGUGCUUGCAUCAGCUGUUGUUGAAGCUGUUGUUAUAUCUGUAGACACAGAAGGAACUGUUGUAGUAGAGGGAAGCUUUGUCUCGGUAGUGGAAGGUAUUGUAGUUGUUGCACUUUCAGCUGUACUUUGUGAAAUUGUUGAUAUAGUUUUAGGAGUUGUAGUUUCUUGAGUUACAGUUGUGGUUAUGGUAGGAAGUGUUGUUUGGGUUUGAGCUGAAUUGCUUGCAGUGGGUUGUUGGGAUGUAGAUGAUGGAACAGUAGUU